ACCUCUUUCUUCCUCGUAAACCUCUACUUUGUAAACUACUUCGCAUGCGAUAGUCACUUCAGUUGUAACUUUUCCUUCUAAUCUAAACUUUGUAGAUUUGACUGCUAUGGACGCCCCACAGGACAAAAGAGAUGAGAGGUCCAAGUCCAUCGAUGCCAUAUCAAAUACAGAGAAAACGACCGAUCUGACCAUGAACAAGCAAGACGAGGCUACCGGUCUCGAGCUAGGAACCUUUGAUAGUAAUCCUUCAGCUGAUGUGCUACCCGGUGGUAGACUGCCUGGAAGUAAUGAUGAUGUACGCUUUGCCACCACUCGAAAAGAGCUCUGGUCCUACUAUACAUAUUAUGUUGGAAAUAACGGCCUUGGUCCUUUUAAUUUUGGGCCGUCGCAAUUUCAAAAUCUAUUAUCUUUGGCAGGAUGGAGUGCUAGCGAUCCUAGUCAACCAUGUAAUAGCAGUGAGCCAUGCAUGCUUGGCCCAUUUGCAGGUCAAGUUCGUGAUAUCAACUCUAUUGUUCUACUCUGCAAUGGUAUAUCAUUUGCCAUUCAAGCUGGCAUGUUUCUCCUCAUCGGUUCAUUUGCGGACUAUGGAUCGUGGAGACCCUGGAUCACAAUAUCCUUUACAGUUCUGGCUUGGGGUAUAUCAUUUGGCUGGCUGGGUGUUGAAACCCCCGACAAAUGGCAAACCGGUGCUGUGUUGUACAUCCUUGGCCUUAUAGCCUACCAAGGUGCACUGACAUUCUGGACUGCAGCCUUCCCUCAACUGGCUAGGGAUUUGCCAGAGAUGAUGGAGAGUGAGAAGCAGUUACUGGCGGGAGAAAAGGAUAUGCAAGAGCAUGAAACGCUGGAUGUCAUGUCACGUAAUCGGAUAUCCAACAUGUCUUUUGUGGUUUGCAACGCUGGAGAAGUCAUUAUUUUAGCUAUUAUGGUGGGCAUCUUGAAGGCCGUCAAUUCAGAUGCAGGCGUUGAACAAAACACGAAAGCAUUCAGUAUUUUGAUUGCAUUUUCUGCUGCUUGCUGGAUCAUAUGCGCCAUUCCAUGGUUCGUUCUCGAAAAGCACAGGCCAGGAAAGGCGUUACCGGCUGGAUCCAAUUACUUCACCGUAGCCUGUAAGAACGUAUGGUAUGCGUUGAAGGAAUGUCUAAAGUUAAAGCAAACAUUCCUGUAUUUGAUAUUUUACUUUUUGAUGGGAGACACUCUGAACACCACUGUUACAGUUGUCGGUACACUUCAAAACUCCAUUGUGUCCUACUCUACACUCCAACUGACCCUACUUUUGAUCGUUGGAAUCUUUGCUUCCGCUGUUGGCUCUUACGUGUUCUGGAUCAUUCAGAAAAAGUUCAAGAUCAAUACCAAAACCAUGCUCUUAGUCAAUGUUGUUUUCAUUUUGCUGCUGGACGGCUGGGGAUUCCUUGGUAUCUGGUUAGAUAACUUUGGAUUCAAAAAUGUAUGGGAAGUCUGGGUGUACCAGGCAUUUUACGGAUUCUUUGUCUGCCCAUGGUAUUCAUAUUCCCAAACAAUGAUAUCCGAGGUGGUUCCUAAAGGCAAAGAGUUUUUAUUCUUUGCAUUGUUUUCCAUCAUUGGCAAAACAUCUUCUUUCAUAGGACCAUUUGUGUCUUCAGCUAUCAUUGAUCGCAGUGGCAACGAUAACAUGCCAUUCGCAUUUCUGCUAGGUUUAGGCAUUUUAAGUUCCUUCCUUCUGAUUAUGGUAGACGUCAAGAAAAGUCGAAAAGAAUGCAAAGAAUAUCUUGAGAAGGAAACAUAGAUUCGUUCCAGAAAUAAACAUUAGUACCUCAAGCAAAAAUUAUCUAUUAUGGUAACUUCGAAAUUGUUC